GCUCAUUGUAUUAUUUAAUUUCGUACAGCCAGGAAAUACCUUGCUCAAGGGUGGUAUGGCUGAAGGAGGGAUUUGAACUUGCAGCCUUUGGGUCCAAAGCAAAGGCAGCAGUUUUAAUCAGCACGCAGUGAUAAUAAGAGAAAAGGCAAAUAAACACUACAGUCACUCAAUGGGCUCUUUGAAAUAUUACACGUGUUAAAUGAAAAAAGAAAAAAAAAAAACUCAAGCCAAAGAAUUUAGAGAAAAAUAAACUCGGGGGGGUCCAACCAAGGGCAAGGCAAGUUCCACUGGCUUUUAGAAUUACAGUUGGUUGCUGUGGGAUCGAUAUUUAUGCGAUCGGUAAAAUACUGUAAUCCCUGGUUUUUACAUCGUAUGAGAAGCGAAGACUCAAGUUCUGCACUAAACGUGAAAGCGCACAGCAUCAUGGGAGGGCGCUCUGGCGUGCGCGUCACUAGACUCUCCACGCCGGACUUCGCACCGAGAGCGCGCAGGGGAAGGGCGGUGACGGCGGCGGUGACGGCGACGCGCAAGAUGCGUGUUUGCGCGUGACGCGGCAGGGAAAGGGCGAGAAACAGGUUUGCGUGCGUCGAAAGCGGCAAAUAAUGCGAAGCUGCGAUGCGGAGGAGCAAGAUGCUCUUCGAGUGUGUCCUGUCCGCCCUCGUGACGGCCGUGUGGUGUGUGUCUGAAGUGUCUCCAGGGGUUCUGCUGGACUCGGACCCGCAGCCACAUGAGGAGACGGCCUCUGCAACCCUGCCCAGUCCCCAGGGGGUCACCAUGCAGUCCCUGAACACCCAGUACGUCCUCAAAUGGACGUGGCCGCACGGCUCCGGCGGGAACCGAACUGUCACCUUCGCAGCCCAGUACAUGCCUUUGCGCUCCAUUCCCACUCACAGGAAAUUCAAACUCAGGUCCAGGAACAGGAGUUGGUCUACGGUGUGCGAGAACAUCACGGACACCCAGUGCGACUUCAGCGACAGUGACCUCUACUACUUCGGCAUCUAUCUGCUGCGGGUCCGAGCGAGCCGUGAGAAGGAGAACUCCGACUGGGUCCAACAGGAGUUCUGCCCUGACAAAGAUGCUAACUUGGGUCCACCGUCCAACGUGGAGGUGACCCCGGCGAACAACGGCCUGACGGUGAACAUCUCGGACCCCUUGACCAGCAAGCACACCUCGAUGAAGGACUACCUGGCAUACAUGUACUACAGUGUACAGUACUGGAAGCACUCCACAGCUGAGCGCAAGGAGUAUCGGUACCUGAACGUGACUCGCAACGUGGUGACGCUGCUCAAGCUGGAGAGCUGGACGCUGUACUGCGUGAAGGUCCAGUCGCGUUACGACUUCUACCGCAAGGCCAGCACCUUCAGCCCCCAGCAGUGCGUGGAGACGAGAGGUCCCACAGCACUGUGGCAGAUCCUCCUCGUUUUCCUGCUCUCCAUGGCGCUCUGCUUCGCCUGCAUCUUGUUCCCCUCCGUCAUCGUCCUCAAGGCCUACAGCCUCGUGAAGAGGACGUUCUUCCCCUCGUGCCCGAUCCCGUCCAGCCUGCAGGAGACCUUCUACGAUUCGUCCUCGAGCCCGAGCUCGGACCACCCGUCCCUGCUGACCCUGGAGUCAGAGUUGGAGAUCUGCCUGCAGAAGCUGGAGAUAUCUCCAGAAGUGGUCCCUCUGGAGAUUCACGCCGCCGAUGAGCCCGAGGGGCCGGAAGGCCUGCGACACAGCCGGCAAGGCAGCGGCGACAGCGGCGUCUACUCCGCCGAGGACAACUCGGGCCGCUCGAACAACAUGCAAGAGCCCGGCAAGGUAGCGGAGAAGAGGAUGGAUGUGCUUCUGAAUGCCAGGGACGUCGUCAUCCACAGCACCCCCGGUGGACACGGCUGGAACUGCGGUGUCCCUGAUCUGAUCGCAAAGACGAGCCAACCGGUUCUGGAUGCUGGGUUCUAAAACAUCGGGGUAGGAUCGGGAGACGUGACAUCACAAAGGGAGUCUUAACCACUUCAUUAACACAAACACUCUUCCAGAGGAUUCCAAACAGUUGAUCCAGAAGAAGAACCCCAGUGAAUCUUGUGCAGGAAGGGCACGGUGCCCAUCUUACUGAUAUGAUUCACGUCCACCCCUUGCCGCCGCUAUUCCCUUGCAAGGCCGCGUCUCUGGCCCCAAAAUAGCCUUGACUGUCCUCUUGCCAUUUGCACGAUCAGCGCACACCAACAUGCCUCUGCAUCCGGAAUUUCACACACAAAGCGAUUGUCCUACUCCAGGCUCUUCUCUGCACACAGCUCUUAUACCCAUUUUCACACCCUGUGCAUACAGUGAUUACAGUGCCAGUCAUUGUCAUGUGUGAUAUGAGGAAAGGCCUGGAAAAUAUGCGCUGCAUGUGUCAAGAUGUUUGCUGAAAACUGGUUGUGUGAAUGUCUGACCAUGUCAUAUCAGUGUUCGCACACAUGCAUCUGAGCCAUCUGUCUUUUCACUUCGGUCUUUAUGAUUCUUAUAGAAUCUCGAAGUGUCACAUCUCUGUCCUGUAAUUUUUUUUCGUGCAUUUUUUUUUCUCAGUUCUGAAGUUAGCUGUUAUACACUAAGUUAAUGGAAAGACACUUGAACGUGAAGGAUUUUAUUUUCUUGUUGUUUGACCUGUUGUUUACCUUUCGUAGAAGUGAAAGGGUUUUUUUUAUGAAGGAGUGGGGAAGGAGUUGUUUUGUAUACUGUGUCUCAGUUCUCAUGUGUCAGUGUGUGAGAAGAAGUUGUGUUUACUGGCACUGGACCAUGCCAGAUUGCUUGAGCCCAGUAUGUGUGUGUUCCCACAUUUGUAAAAUUGGCCUUCUGUUUAAUUACAUUACUUAUUAUUUACUCAAUUUUUAGGACUGAAUCAUUUUUGCAGGAGAAAUUCAGCGCAAACGCCAUGAUCCAGAGUAAUACCGUGGGGCUGGGGAUUCAAACCCGAGUCCACCUGAUUGCAAUUCAGAACUUUAAUUGCUGUCCCCCAGUGGCACUGCUGUAUGUACGCAGUCGUUUUGGGGUGGCUGUCCAUACUCUCCUUGAUGUAAACAGGCAUGUCCAUGUACAACAUCUAUUGCAACAUUUGUCCGCUGACAGUAUUACAGUAAUAUGCGCAUUAUCUACCUAUUAACGUUCACUAACAUGCACAGUUAUGAGUCUCACUCAUGCCACUGCAUAUUGUUGUACUUUUUUGGCAGCUCUUUAUAAUAAAGGUCUGUGUUAACAAUCAG